GAUCAAGAACAAAAUGUGUAGGUCAUCGAGGCUACCCUGCCAAGUAUCCUGAAAAUACUUUUGUAUCUCUUGAGCAAGCAAUAAAUAUUGGAGCUGAGGGAAUCGAAUCAGAUGUUCGAUUGACGAAAGAUGGCCAAGUAAUAAUAAUGCACGAUACUACACUCGAUAGAACGACUAAUGGCACAGGAAGUGUCGACGAAAAAUAUUGGAAUGGAUAUAUUGAAUAUCUAGUAACUGAAAAUAAUGAAAAGGUACCAAAGUUACAAGAAGUCCUAGAUUUAUUGAAGCGUAAAAAAAAUAAAAAUAAUUUUUUUAUAAUGGAUAUAAAGGAUGACAAUAAUAUAAACAUUCUCGACGCGAUCGCCGAUAUAAUAUACGCUAACAAACCUUAUAAUUUUCAAUCUCAAAUAUACCUUGGUGUUUGGACUUACGACUUCUUAAUUAAAGCUCGCAAAGUAUUGCCGCAUCUUCCAGUCGCAUAUAUAAGUAGCAAUAUUUCGGUUGCUCGUGAACAAUUUUUCGAUAAAGUUGAAAGCUAUAGCAUGGAAUAUAUUUAUAUACUCGAAGAUACAACAGGUUUUUUUUCUCAAAUAAGAAACAGUGGUAGAAAAUUGUUUGUUUGGACGGUGGAUGCUGAAAAUGAUAUGAAAAGUUUGUUUUCAUAUGGCGUCGAUGCGAUAAUAUCCAAUGAUCCAGUAAAAUGUCUUAGUGUUAGAAAAAAGGUUGAAGGAUUAAAAGUGUAUUGGAAAUCAACUAAAAAAUUUUUGC